ACGAUCGAUGUUUUCUGUGAUCUACUUUUCUCCCCCCUGCGGGCUGCCAGUGAUUGGCCUGCAAAAUCCAAUCGAUACCAGAGUAAUCGAUCGGAGUCGAAAGUCCACACCGAGCUGACUAGUUUUUACCGUCAUUUUUGCUGUUUUACUUCCACUUUUUUUUAAAUUUCAGUUUCAGCGGAAUGGACACCAAGUUUACCUUUAACUCUCGUCGCUCUCCAGUGGUCUGUUUGCACGGCUGUGUAGCAACUAGCCAACCUUUAGCCUCCACGGUGGGACUGGACAUCCUAAAGCGUGGUGGCAAUGCUGCAGAUGCUGCGGUUGCCAUAGCAGCAGCACUUGCAGUAACUGAGCCCUGCAGCACUGGCCUGGGUGGAGAUGCUUUCUGCUUGUUUUACAGUGCAGACACCGGAGAAAUCAGAGGGAUUAACGGCAGUGGCCGUUCAGCUCAAGCUCAGACCCUGGACUUUAUGGAAAGUCGUGGCUUCUCUGCACAAUCUCCUCCCUCUGUGUUUGAUGCUUUGAAUGUUACAGUACCAGGUGCCCCUGCAUGCUGGUGUGACACCGUAGAGUUAUUUGGAAGUCAAAAGCUGUCCCUGCCAGAGAUCCUGAGUGGAGCCGUGGAGCUGGCAGAGCUGGGGUUUCCUGUUGCUGAGGUAACAGCUCACCACUGGGCGAACAACGUGGCUGCUCUGAGGGAUGCCGGGAAGGAACUCGGAGAUGACUUUCUAAUUGAAGGUCACGCACCCAGAAGUGGACAAGUAUUCAAAAACGCAGCUCUGGCUAGAACCCUUAAGGAACUUGGAGAACAUGGAAAACCAGGGUUUUACCAGGGCAGAGUGGCCAAAGCCAUCGUUAAUGUUAUCAGUGAACAUGGAGGAGUCAUGACCUUGGAUGACCUCCGCAGCCACAAUAGCGAGGUUACCACCCCCAUAAGCACAGAGUACAAGAGUGUGCGCUUGUGGGAACUUCCUCCCAACAGUCAGGGGCUGGUUGCCCUUCUGCUUCUCAACAUCCUGGAGAACUUCCCUCAACUAAAAGCCACUGGCCAUAACAGCUCCGACUAUAUCCACGUCUUGGUGGAGGCUGUGCGUCUAGCACAAACAGAUGGCCUGUGUUACCUUGGCGACCCAGCCCACACAAGCAUCCCUUUAGAAACCCUACUGGACAAGAGCUACAGCAGUCAGAGAGCACAGCUCAUCACCAUGGACAGAGCCAUGGAGCAAACCAAACCCGGCCCGAUCACAGCAAGCGAUACGGUCUACUUCUGCAUUAUCGACAGCCAGGGAAACGCAUGCUCAUUUGUCAACAGCACCUAUAUGGGCUUUGGAACCGGCCUCGUCCCUGACGGCUGCGGGUUUUCACUACAGAAUCGUGGUGCCAACUUUUCUCUGCACCGUGGCCACAUAAACUGCAUUGCUGGGGGAAAGCGUUCAUAUCACACUAUAAUCCCUGCACUCCUCACUGACUCUGUGACUAAACCACAGAAGCCACAACAACUCCUUGCAGCCCUCGGAGUAAUGGGAGCCUUUAUGCAGCCACAAGGACAUGUCCAGGUGCUGCUGAACAUGAUGGAGUUCGGGAUGAAUCCUCAACAAGCUCUGGACGCACCCAGAGUCUUUGUGCAGUAUGAACAGAAAACCGGACAGUGGUGUGUGAAUUUGGAGGAGGGGAUUGAGCAGGAGGUGGCUGAGGAGCUCCGGAGACGAGGCCAUGAAGUAAACUGGCCUGUCAUAGGCCACCAGAGGUCUCAGUUUGGGCGGGGACAGAUCAUCACAGUGGGGGACUGGUGGAAUCCAUCUGCCACUCAAGCCUGCUGUCCGCCCAGAGUGCUCUGGGCCGGGUCGGAUCCCAGAGCAGACGGAUGUGCUCUAGGAUACUAGUGACAUACAAGUACUAUAAAUCCACAUGUAGCAAUUUCAGAUGACUUUACUUCAAAUCAAGCUGUGAACACUAACUUUGGUUUAAUGAUUUGACUGUUUUCUACUUUUUAAAUUGUGAUUCAGCCAAACAAUUUGGGUUUUGGUUAAUAUUUGACAGGAUUUUAGAUAACAAAGUCAAAGUCCAGUCUCUCCAAACCAAGACUUUACUGAAGUGCCUUAAUUUAUCAGAUCGAUGUGUGUUAGUUGUUCCUGUUGUAUGUUUACUGUUCACAUCCAUUUACUUGAUGAAAUCGGUGAUGUUCUGCUAAAGCAGAAGAGGACAUCAGUGACGUAUUAAAAUUGUUCUCCACAAGCUGAUUUCAAACAUCCAACAAAUUGAGAUGAGUCGUCUGAUACACUGACAGUCUAUUUAUUCAUGGUCUGUAAAAUAACAACAAACCUUUCCAUAAAAAUCCAAUGUUGUUGUAUGUCAGAUGUUGUCAUCAAUCCUCAGAAGUUAAAAUUAAUACAGUUUAUUUUGAAAGAAGGAAUGUUCUUUGGAAUUAUUAAAAAAAAAAAAAUCUUUUUUUUUUUUUUUGCACAGGUUUAUUUUUUAUGAAAAUGUCCCAGUUUUAAAUGUUUGUUCAUUUUGGGAUUUGAUAUCUGAAGAACCUAUAAGAUUCUCGAGGACAUUGCUGUAAAAGAAAACCUUUUCAGUAGUUGACAGUGUUCAAAAAAACAACAAAGUCUGAAACUUGAAAAUAUGUGACAUUCAGGUGAAAUGUUAAUGCUAAAAUAAUAUUUUAAUUCAAAACUUGAUUUGUAAUAAAUCAGGCGCAAGAAUAUUAACCUCCCUGUUGCAAUUAAUGGAGCAUGAUUUGAAGCUGUAAUAAUAAACACAUAAUUAUUUUAUUUUAGUACUCGUCACAUGCUGUAAGCUUUACACGUUUAUAUUGAAUUUUCAUUUAUUUAAAAAAUCCAAAUAAACUGGUAUGUGUCUGAGUGAUUUGACUGUUUAAUUCCAAAAGAGCAACAUGGGAGCAGAGAAGAAAUUUUAAAAGAAACAAUGAAUAAUCAGGUAACAUAUAGUCUGUUAAAAUGCAGUAACAAGUGGUGGGUGUGACUAUAAAAUAUUCAAGUGUUAACAGGUCAGCGGAGAUGAAUAAAACAGUCAUACAAUUAGGCAGAAGAAAAAACCCCCCAAAUAUCUUCAUUUCUGAAAUAGAACAUAUCCUGAUAUCAUUUUCUUGUAGAAUGUGAUCCACAAUGUUUGCAGGAUCUGUUAUCAAGCAUACAUAUUUAUAUUUAAAACUUUUUGGCUGGUUAAAGAAAAUUCUCUCUACCUCUAAUUGUGAAAUAAAAUUAUUACAGGAGAGUA